GUUUUUGUUUUGAUUGUGAAGAAAUUAGAAAACUGAAAAUAUGCGAAGAGGGAUUGGACUAGGAGCAAUUAAAAAAAAUAAAUAUGAACAAGAAAAAUAUAAAGAUAAAGGCAAUGAGAUUCAAGAAAAUCAAUUUGAACAAAUGACAAAACAAUUAGAAGUUUUCAAGGUAAACUUGGAAGAAUUUGCAACAAAACACAAAAAUGAAAUAAGAAAAAACUCAGAAUUCAGGAAACAGUUCCAAGAAAUGUGUGCCAGUAUAGGUGUAGACCCUUUAUCAUCUGGAAAAGGAUUCUGGUCGGUUUUAGGAAUUGGUGACUUUUACUAUGAACUAGCAGUACAGAUAGUGGAAGUAUGUCUAGCAACUAAUGCAAAAAAUGGGGGCCUCAUCAGUUUGGACGAAUUAAGAACGAGAUUAAUUCGAGCCAGAGGUAAAAAUAAAUCACACCAAGAAAUAUCCAAGGAUGAUCUCAUUCGAGCAGCAAAGAAACUGAAAAUUUUUGGGAGUGGCUUCAAUGUUAUACCAAUGGGAAAGGACAAAUACAUGGUUCAAUCAGUUCCUGGGGAAUUGAGCAUGGACCAUUCAGUGAUUUUGCAGCAAGCAGAGAAAAAUAAUUCUUGUUUGUCAGUUUCUUAUUUGGAGCAAGUGUUGAAAUGGGAAAAAGAAAGAGGAGAGAAAGCACUAGAGCAUAUGGUCAACCAAGGAUUAGCCUGGAUCGAUUUGCAAAAUUGUAAAGAUAAAAUGUAUUAUUUUCCUAGCCUAUUCACUGCCUGUAUCAACUCCACAAACUGAAUACAUUCACAUGCUUAUAUUUUUCUAAUG